CACCUACUUUAAUUUACAGCACGGGGUUGAUUUGGGUGCUUAUGGCAGAUGCAUAAGUGUUUGUUUUUACUUGUGUUUACAUUAAAAUUCGUUUGCUGUUCCGUCUGUAAACCAUUCCCCCACCUCAUUGGAUGCGUUGAGAACUGCGUCCCGACGAGCCAUAGAAUCGUGUGCUGAGGAGUGUUUCCGACAGAGAAGAUUGAGCAGAGAGCACAACGGGGUAGGCGGCCAGUAGGAGGUGAACUGUUGGGGAUCUGUGGUACUGGCGACUAUAGCGGAAAGGAAGUGCUUUCAGACGUUUGUAAUGUAAUAACUGUAUUUAUAAAAUAUGAGAUAGAAAUAUUAUUCAAUCAUGAAUCUGAGGGGGCUAUUCCAGGACUUCAACCCAAGGGAAUUGCACGAACAAGCGCAGUGCCACAGUACACAGACCCUGCAAUGUUAUCCUGCGGGUGCCAUCAUAGACCGAUAAAACAACCUUUCUGUGUUGUUUUGAGAAUUCAAAGACUGACUGACCUGUUCAUAUUGAAGGUCAUGUUGGAGUAAAUUUCUCAUCUAUGCCUCCCUGCUCCUGUUCUCAGUCCUCCUCUCACUGCGCUUGGAUGGCAUUAUCCAUUGGAGUUACUGGGCAGUCUUUGCCCCCAUCUGGCUGUGGAAGCUGAUGGUGGUUAUUGGAGCCUCGGUGGGUACUGGUGUGUGGGCUCGCAACCCUCAGUACAGGGCUGAAGGUGAAACGUGUGUGGAGUUUAAGGCCAUGCUGAUCGCAGUAGGGAUUCACCUGCUGCUUCUCAUGUUUGAAGUCCUGGUGUGUGACAGGAUUGAGCGAGGAAACCAUUUUUGGCUCCUGGUCUUCAUGCCCCUGUUCUUCGUAUCGCCAGUGUCUGUGGCUGCCUGCGUCUGGGGGUUCAGACACGACCGCUCCCUGGAGCUGGAAAUCCUGUGCUCUGUAAAUAUCCUUCAGUUCAUAUUUAUUGCCCUGCGAUUGGACAAGAUCAUCAACUGGCCCUGGCUGGUUGUCUGCGUCCCUCUCUGGAUUCUGAUGUCAUUCCUUUGCCUGGUUGUUCUGUAUUACAUUGUUUGGUCUGUACUGUUCCUGCGCUCAAUGGAUGUGAUUGCCGAGCAGAGAAGAACUCAUAUAACCAUGGCAAUAAGCUGGAUGACCAUUGUUGUGCCAUUGCUAACAUUCGAGAUUCUAUUGGUUCAUAAAUUGGAUGGCCACAACAAGUUCCCGUAUGUCCCAGUUUUUAUUCCUUUGUGGCUGUCUCUUAUAACUCUGAUGGCAACAACGUUUGGUCAGAAGGGGGGAAAUCACUGGUGGUUCGGUAUCCGCAAGGACUUCUGCCAGUUCCUCCUGGAACUCUUCCCUUUCCUCCGGGAGUAUGGAAACAUCUCCUACGACCUUCAUCACGAAGACACUGAGGAGUCUGAGGACACUCCUACACCAGAGGCCCCCAAAAUCGCACCCAUGUUCCGCAAAAAGACUGGAGUGGUCAUCACCCAGAGUCCAGGCAAAUACUUUGUACCACCUGCCAAGCUUUGCAUUGACAUGCCCGACUAACGGCUGCUUCAGUCAGACGAUCAGAGAAAUGAAGUGAGCGUUACCUGCGCUUGGAACUGUAAUCAAAGAGGUUUUCUGUGUUUUUGGAAUUGCUCUUCACUAGAACUUGGGAGCUGUUGGCUAAACAAAGACACUUUGUUAUCUUCAAAGGAGGGAUUGUGGAUUUUUUUUUUAUUUUUAUUUUUUUAUAUUUUUACAUUUAUUUUGUUCUGUCAGGUACUCAUCCAAUGCGUAAUAGAUAACGAAAGCCUUUUUCUUUACUUGUUUUUGUGUGACAAGUAUAAGGGUAUUAGCUUUGUGGUCCAGGAUUAAAACCAUACCCAAAAGUGAAAUUGGUGUUUGGGAAGGAAAGGUUGAUUUGAAACCAAUAGAACUGUGGGAAGACUUAAUGAAAGACUGUCAGUAAGUGAAGCAGUUUGAUGUAAGAUUCAAAUGUCAUUCCUUUAGUUUCUACCUGUAACUGUUUAAAACCAAACAUAUUUUUCCUGUGGUCUUUACUAAAACUACUCAACUUUAGUACCUUGAAAAUCCAGUGCAGUUUUGCAUGUGUGUCCUCCUCAUGAUGGGGCCUUUCGUUUUAAAAAAUCAAUUCUUAGAUUCUCUGUAAUCCAAUUGCUGAGAAAGUUACCUGUUUUACAGGGUUUACAGAAAAUCCUAAUUUGUUAAACAAAACCAGGAGGAGUUGAGUUACUGGUAGAAUAUAUGUUAAACCUUUGUGACAGUCUAGCCUGUGGUCUUUUGAAGAUCCCUGCCUAUAAAUGAAUAACUACAGAAUAACAGACCCCAAUCUUUCAAAUUGCCUGUAACUCGAAUAUGAACAGUGGGACGUAUACUGUAAGCCCAAAUUAUUAAACAUCAUAUCAUUUUGGAAACUGACUAAUUUUAGUUAAAAGAAACUGAAUUCAAAGGUUUUUGGGCAGCAAUUACUGUCUUGUUUGUGUGAUAAAUCUAGAGUUUCAGUCAGGCACUUUAAAUUUGAACAAGAAAUGCAUUACAUGAAUCCCUGUACAGUUUCAUAACACACUGAACCCACAAAAAAUGAUUAAAAUGAAUAGACAAGGGAUGCACCAUACAUAAUCCAUCUAAAGUGAAACUUGUGAGUUUGUAAUUGCGAUCUCAAUACAAUGCAUAGUAGAAUUAGUGCACAUAUCAUUUGGUUUGGUGGAGCUGGGACUCUAAACAUUGUGGAUUGUGUAGUAUUGAAAUUGGACGGAGAACAAUAUGCAUGAUUAUAAAAUAAGAGAAAAGGUAGGACUCGGCAGAGGCUUUGUUUUACUAACUUCUGACUGAAGCAGCCAUUAGUCAGGCAUAUCUUGUUUUACUAAUUUCAGAUGGUGUAAUGAAUCUGUAAUUAAAAACAUAUGAGGUCUAGGUUGAAGAAUAGUCCAUGCUGCGUGUGUUUCUCUGUUGCUGUAAAAAGGUCUCUUGGCAUAACCAUAUAACCCUUAGUGUGUGCUUUGAAUGGACUUGUUGCUGUGAUAUUUAAGAGCUUUUCAGACUGCAGUAGUUUUAUUUUUGUCAGGCAUGUUGCUUUUGAACAGAUCAUACAAUUGAGAACAAUCUGGUGGGGAGAUUAGAAGCAGAGUGCAUGUACAAAACUACAAUGUUUUAUUUUAAUACCCUGUUCAUUUUUUAAUAGAAAAGGCACUUUUCUUUAUUAUGCAUUUUGCCUUUUAUUUAACAGUUAUUUAUACAAUGGUUUUAUUUUGCUAUGUUUUUUUCUGUCUUUCAUCAACUCGCCAAACAGCUGUACAGUCUUCUGCUUCUGCAUAUAGGCUUGUGAGUAAGAACCUACACAGAAUCAAUUCCCAUAACACAUAGAGGCUAAAAACUUAAUACCUGGCUACCAUCUACCCUGUUUAAUAUGUAAUUAUGUAUUUAUUAACAAUUUCAAUUUUUUUCUUAACAGAUUAGAGUAUCGGUAGAAUUUUGCAGUCACGAAUUAAAAACAAUUGAGGGUGUGUGUCUUUAAAGGGGCCAGCGCUAAAAUGUAAUUACUAGCAGGUACUACUAGUGCGAUGCUUUUGUGGACCAGCAACGUUAAUUGAUACUAAACCUUUAGAAUCGGGAGAAUUUAUAUUGUAAAACAAUUCUAUAUUAUGUAAAAGUAGUGGCGACCAAAAAAAUAUUAUUUUUGUACUUCAGAAAAACAGUGUUAGCAGGAUGGCAGUGCGGGAAAAAAAAUACUCUUCUUAAUCAAAUUUGUGAUCAGAAUAUGAACAUUUGGUCAUUAUUUGCCCUAAUUGUGUGUGUGUGUGUGUGUGUGUGUGUGUGUGUGUGAUAGAUAUAGAUAGAGAGAGGUGUUUCUGUGUAGGUCAAAAUAUGUUUUUUUUUUUUUUUUUUUAAAGCUUUAUGUAUUUAACAUUUUGUGAUUGGUGUACAGAAGGAGCUCUCUCAGCAGGUCUGAGAGGAUUGCAAUGAGCGAGUACCACUGCUGAUGUUUAGUGGACCAAUUUAUUUAGUCAUUUUCCAUUUUGGAAAUUAGUUUAUUAUGUACUAUCUGUUAGUAUAUAUCUGUGUUCUAAAAAAAUAAAACGUGUUGUAAUACUGA